AUGUUCAAGGUUGGAUCGUGGUUUUAUGGCAAAAAGCCCGCGGCUCAGGUGCAGUCGCUGGACUCGUUGGUUGAAUUGAGGGACCUCGAGGAUGCGCUGCAAGCUGCGACCUUGAUCAUGAACGAUGAUGUCGAUGGUGCCGAAGAUGGUCUUUCCGAGGGGACUUCGUCUUUUCAUAAUCUCGGAAAAGGUGUAGUCGCAUUUAUCCGGGCAACGUUAGGUUUUGAGCAGGAGAUUAUGCGGCAAGCAUCCGAACGACUCGUCGAAGCCGAAACCAGCGCAUCCAACGACCAACAUCGAGCUCAGCACAAUGCGCACGCCCCGAAUAGCUACCACUCGCAGAUCUAUGCUCCCGGAACCGAGUUUGCGCUUUGUCAGGCAAUGGCACAGCUCAUGAGUGCUGUUGUUGGUGUCUUGAAUGAGAGUCUCACGGAGAGUGUCAAGGGUUUCUACAAGCUGAGAAAGGCGUAUCUGACCCUCGAUGCGAUCCUGAAGAUGGAAGAGAAGUUUAUGCAGGAAAGACAAUCUGGGCAGGCUUCAGCAUCAACCAGGUCGAGCGAGUCAUUGAACAGAGCCCGUGGAAUAGGGAAAGCGCACACAGAUCCCACUUUGUCACAUUCAUCGGAUGAUGCGCUAUCACGCAAACUGGACGAUCUCGAUGUUUCCCACGAUUCGGCUGCUGCCUCGGCAGCAUCUGUAGGUGCAUCGACGAACAUGCUCAACAUCGAUCCCGAUUCCGAUCUUUUCAAGAACCAGAUCGACGUCUUCAUACACUCUGGGGCCAAUUUCUGUUUCGGUAUUCUUCUGCUGUUGAUCUCGAUGGUGCCGCCGGCAUUCAGCAAAUUGCUCAGCAUCAUCGGGUUCUACGGGGAUAAGCAACGAGGAUUGCGGAUGCUAUGGCAGGCGAGCAAGUUCCACAACUUGAUCGGUGCCAUUGCGGCCUUCGCAGUGCUGGGAUACUACAACGGGUUCGUUCGUUACUGCGAUAUCAUGCCAGACGCCAUACCUGGAGAAGACGGCGACGUCGAGGGGUACCCGCAAGAACGACUCGAGGGUUUGCUUGCAGACAUGCGGAAACGGUUCCCGAACAGCCAGCUUUGGCUUCUUGAAGAAUCCCGCAUGGAGGGUGCUAACAAGAACCUUGAAAAGGCACUAGAGCUUUUGUGUGGGGAGAACAAGAGUCCCCUGAAGCAGGUGGAGGCCCUGCGAGUUUUCGAGCGGAGUCUGAAUGCGAUGUAUCUUCAUAAAUACGAGCUCUGUGCGCAGUCUUUUCUCGAGUGCUUCGAUCUCAACUCCUGGUCUCGAAGUUUGUAUUACUACAUCGUCGGAUCAUCGCAUCUCACCCUUUACCGCCAAACCCUCCAAAAAGAUCCCACCGAAGCAGCCAAGCACGCCGAGAAAGCCACGGAAUACUUCCGCGCAGCACCCCCGUUGGCCGGCAAGAAGCGCUUCAUGGCACGCCAGUUGCCGUUUGACGUGUUUGUGAGCCGCAAAGUCGCCAAAUGGGAAGCCCGCGCCAAGGAAUGGAAGGUCCCGCUCGUCGAGGCAGUCGGUGUGGACCCCGUCGAAGAGAUGAUCUUCUUCUGGAACGGACACAGCCGCAUGACUCGCGAGCAGCUCGAGGCUUCCUUGAUCAACCUGGCGUGGUCCGAAAGCGACGCCAAUAGGACAUGGGCACGGGAGGGUCUGGAGGAGAAAGCGAUUCUGCAACUCCUCCGCGCUGCGGUUCUGCGUUCACUCCGGAAACACGAUGAAGCCAGGGACCUUCUGCAAACGCACAUCCUCAACCACGACAAGAACCAGUUCAAGGGGCAUCUCAAAGACGACUGGAUCUGUCCCGUGGCGCAUUUUGAAAUGGCCGCGAAUCUAUGGAUGGAGCGGCCAACGUAUAUCGCUGAGCAUGGGCAUCCUACCUCUGACCCCGAGAAAACAGAAACCAAGUCCUCAGCCACGGACGAGAAGAUCGAGCGGCAAAAGGCCCUUGCGUGCAAGGAGUAUCUGGAGAAAGCGGCAAGAUGGGAGAGCUAUGAACUUGAUGCUCGGAUCGGACUCAAGGUUACUGCUGCCAUGGAAGCUGUGCGGAAGUGGGAGAGCACGCAUGAUCCUGCUGCAACUGCAGGGUCUUCAUGA